UCCAGAUGUAGUCUAUAAUAUACAAGCACUUGAUACAUGACAUCAUACUAACUAAAGGCGCAUUUCCACUGCGGCAACAUUUAGGCAACAUGUAGCAUGCGACAAUGACGCAUGCUACACUCAGUCUUUCAAUUGGAACAACAUGAAGCAACAUGUGGCAUGCGACAAUGCCGCAUGCCACAUGUUGACCACUGUUUUCCAGACGCAUGCGUCAGCUUUCUACAAGAUUCAGCGUGUCGAACGAUGUCGGCUUUUAUCCGAUAGCCAUCGGUUCGGUGCUACAUGUAGUUUGCGACAUGGAGUGGACUAUAGAGAAAACAACUUUGUUUAUUGAAGAUUAUCACAAUUCUCCAGAAUUAUGGAAUAAUAAAAUUGCUGCUUAUAAAGACAACAGACUUAAAAAUGAUAAGUUAAAACAAAUAGCGACGAAAUACGAAUGUACCGUGAUUGAAGUGAAAAAUAAAAUCAAAAAUCUACGUUCCGCGUUCCAUCGUGAAAGAAAAAAGCUACAGUCAAAGAAAAGUGGCUCAUCUCCUCUCACGAAAGGCCAAUGGUUUGCGUUUGAGCUUUUGAGUUUUUUACUAGACGUCGAUAAACAUAGACGAACAACAUCAACGGCCAGCGACAACGGAGAGGAAUCUGCGAAUGAAGAUGAUAUUUCGGUCUCCAACACACAAGAUACCGAAGCAGAAGUCAGUAAUAUAGAGGGUCACAGAAGCUGUGAAGAGAGAAGGGACAUAGUUAUUGCCCCUAAGAAGAAGACAGAGAAAAAGAAGCGUUUUAUAUCUCCUUCCGAUCGCGAGGAAGAAGCAUAUAAUAUUCUGAAAAGUUCAUGCCAAAGAGAUGAGUUUUCAACGUAUGGAGAGCAUGUAGGAAAUGAACUGCGGCAUCUAAGCCCUAGAGCACAAACGAUUGCAAAGCACUUGAUCAACAAUAUAUUAUAUGACGCAAGUAUGGGCAAAUUUGAUGACCAAACUAGCACUCGCACUUCCACAGCUUGUGAAACCAACGAAAGUAAUUACAAUCAACCAUGCUCCGUGGCUUCUGCUAGUUCUCACCAAUCAGGAUUUUCUGAUCACAGCAAUAUCUAUGUACUGCCAACUGACACCUUGAGCAGUGAACCACCCUCCGUGUCAUCUGCUUGUUUGCGCCAAUCAACCUCUUCUGAAUCCAGCAAUAUUUAUGUACAGCCAUCUGACAACUUUGGAAACAAUAAAGAACAAGAUCUUUCGACUUUCACAGUACUCUCUGAGUUUUUAGUUUCUAAGCCCUAAACUAAUAUAUUAUAUAAACGCUAUUUUUACGAACAAUAAACUAUUUAA